CUCAGGUCCUAUAUAAACCUAUACCUAGGCUUUCAUUAAAAUAUUUUCUAAAUCAUCAUCAUCAACUACCCGUAAGGCUGGAAUAAAGUAAAGAUUCAAAUGCAAUUUUCGAGUAUUUUAGUCCGAUCCAUUUCAAAAUAAAUAUUUGUGCAAGGUCCAAACCGUUCAAUUCGACCAGAUCAAUAUAUGGCAGCUUCCUCACUUGGCUUCUCCGGCAGUUUUUCUCCUCCCGGGUUUUCGUCGAGCGGAAACCCUAAUUCUAGGCCGACAAACUCUUCAAAGAGGUUGGGUUUGGGAGGGUUUUACCAUCUUGGCUCUUCUUCACUUCUUAAAACUGGCAAAUGUUUGCCCAGUGGUUAUCACAUUGCCACAUCUAAGAGAAGUUUUGGGGUAUGCUUUAGCGCCGGGGCCGGCAUUGAACCAGCAGCUGCUGGAUCUUUCCCAGAUCCUAAUCCACUAAAGGGUUGGCUGAUAGGGAUUCUGAUAUCUGUGAUUCUACCAUUUCUCCGUCACAAAUUAGGGUCUCUUACGCAAAUUAAAAAUUCUAUAAAACAAGCGGAAGAAGUGGUCCACAGUUUAGAGAAGGCGGCGGAGGUGGUGGACAAAGUGGCCGAAGAUAUAGGUGAGAAUCUUCCGGCCGGAAAAUUGAAAGACGUGGUGGCUUUGGUGGAACAUGCGGCUGAGAAAGUGGACAAGGAAGCAGAAAAGUUAGAAGAGCUAAUUGAUAAGGUGGAAGAAUUUGAGGAAAAGGUGGAGGACCGCGUGAAGUCUUUUGUGGAAUUGGCGAGCCACAAAACUGAAGAAAAUGCUCUUAAUAAAUCUGAGAGUGUCAAAAUAGUUUGAGGGCUUAUAACUUUGUUCUAAAAACUCAGUUGUUCUAAGAGACGGAAAAAUAGUAUAAUAACCUCAACUAGAAAUUAAGAGUUAUUAUUGUAGUCUCGUAUCGAUUAUUCAAGUAUAAUUAAUGUUCUAAAAGACGUAAGACAUGACAAAUCUUAUCCAUUAUUUUAAUUUUCCAAUGGUUAUUUUUAAAUAUUUAAAUUU